GAUCCUCGGGUGUUUAGCUCCGCCCACGGGCUUUUGGGUACCCUGUUGCUGCUGCGCCGCUGCUGGCUGCUGUCCCCGGACACCAUGGAAAAGACAAUGGAUGACCCCCCCAUAUCGGCUGUCUUGUUGGAGCAUUGUAAUUUCUCUCAGGUCGUCUUUAACAGUGUGGAGAAGUUCUAUGUCCCUGGAGGGGAUAUCACGUGCUACUACACCUUCACCCAACCUUUCAUCCCCCGUCGAAAGGACUGGAUUGGCAUCUUUAGAGUGGGGUGGAAGACCACCCAGGAGUAUUACACCUUCAUGUGGGUCACUUUGCCGGGUGACCCAAACAAGGAGUCAGCCAAACAGCAUGAAGUCCAGUUCAAAGCCUACUACCUGCCCAAGGAUGAUGAGUAUUACCAGUUCUGCUAUGUGGAUCAAGAUGGUAUGGUCCGGGGAGCAAGUAUUCCUUUCCAGUUCCGUCCAGAAAGUGAGGAGGACAUCGUGGUGGUUACCACUAAGGGAAAGGUAGAAGAGAUUGAGCAGCACAACCAGGAGCUUUGCAGAGAAAACCAGGAGCUGAAAGACAGCUGUGCCAGCCUCCAGAAGCAGAACUCCGACAUACAAGCUGAGCUCCAGAGGAAGCAGGAGGAGCUAGAAACUCUACAGAUCAUCAAUAGGAAGCUAGAACAGAAAGUAGAAGAGCAGAAGGCCUGUUGGGAGACUGAACUUCUUCAACUGAAAGAACAGAACCAGAAGAUAUCCUCAGAAAAUGAGAAGAUGGGAGUCAGAGUGGAUCAGCUUCAGGCUCAGCUAUCCACUCAAGAGAAAGAAAUGGAGACACUUGUUCUGAGAGAUCAAGAUAAGACAGAGCAGUUGCAGCAUCUAAAAAAUGAAAAUGGCCAACUUUUUCUCAGUUUAACUGAACAGAAGGAGCAACAGAAGAAUCUCGAGCAAACAGUGGAAAAGAUGAAGCAGAAAGAAAGUACCACAAUGAAGAAAAAGCAGGAGUUAAUGGAUGAGAACUUUGACCUGUCGAGAAGACUGAGUGACAACAAGAUUAUAUGUGAUGUUCUGAAGAGAGAGAAAGAGAGACUAGAAAAAGAAAAUGAUCUCUUGAAGAAGGAAAACAACAGAUUGCUGAGUUACAUGGGUCUUGAUGUCGACUCUUUGAUGUAUCAAGUGCCUCCUUCAGAUCAAGGAGAUGCUAGGCAAAAUCCAGGCCUUGUCUAUGGAAAUCCAUAUACCGGUAUCCAAGAAAGUUCUGCUCCUAGACCAAAAUGCCUCAUCUGCAUGUCAGACUUUGAUGGAAUCUGUGAUCACACCUUGGAGCAGCAGCACAUGCAGACCUGUUUUCUGAAUUGUCCAAUUUGUGACAAGGCCUUCCCAGCAAGAGAGAAGCAAAUCUUUGAUGACCACGUGUUCUGCCACUCUCUCUAAUUUCCCAGCCUGUUGGAUCUAUGCCAUAUACAGAUUUCAUAGUGUAGAAGAUGUAGUUUCUACUAUACGUUAUAUAAGCAAAGAAGCCCAGCUACCCAGAAAUCAUUAGGAAUUUCCUUAGCUCUGCUAUCUGUACAGGUGGAGUCACAUCCCGUCUGUAGGAUAGUGUUGACUGCUUCUACUUCCACCCUUGUGGUGCCCACCUAAGUCAUUUAACUAGCCUACUUGGCCUCUUACCUACAGUGCCGUUCUUCCUCGGGACUCCAAUACAAAGGCCCAGGAUGGAAGUCACGACAGCCUGACUUGACACUAAGUGAUUGCCUUCCAAGUUGUCCCAUUGCAUUCAAGGUCAGGCCUUGUGUGUAUUUGUGCUCAGUCUUAACCCCAAGAAUAGCAACAGACCAGAUACUGAGAAUUUCUUCAUACUCCUCAGUCCUUUCUUCAACCAGUUGCAAUAAACUAGCACAAAAUGGCACAGCAAAGAAUUCAGACUCUUAAUUUGAAUGCCAAAGAUUUCUCUUCUUCAUCUGUCAGUUCCUAAAAGAAGCAUCUUAGUCCUGAUCCUUAAUACAGAAAAAUUUCACUCACAAAAAGCCUCUUUCUAGCAAGAUAUAAUGUUGCAGCUGGGAGCCUAAAGCAAGAGGAUUGUGUUCAAAGCCAGCUUGUGCUAUAGAGUAAGACUGUCUCAAAAUAAACUAAGAAAAACAGGAAGAAAGCCUUCUUUCUCUCUAGGAACCUCU